CACGCUAACAGCGGGCCGAAAAUAUAGAUGAUAGUUUAGUAAUUGAGCUACGAACCAGUGAAAGUCGGUUCCCAGUUUCGGGAUUGUUUGCUUCACUCGUCACCGUAUCUGUAUCUUUGUCAUUUGUUGCUGUUUUUAGGCGGACAAUAUCGGAGAUGGCCCCUCAAACGAGAAGAAUGGCUUUUCCGAAAGUGGUGAUUGAGAGGGACACGGACUCUGAGCAAAGCUCGUCAGACGAUGAGGAUGAUGUUGACGAAGAAGAGAAUAUUCCCCAAUCAGAAUCAGAUGCAGAAGGAGGAGGAGUGACAGAGAAUGGAAGUGGAGAGAAAGAUGAAGAGGAUAUGGAUUCCAAGAAGCAGAGGAAAGUUCCCAUUACUAUUAGUCUCAAGAAAGUUUGCAAAGUUUGCAAAAAACCUGGUCAUGAAGCGGGAUUUAAAGGAGCUACAUACAUAGAUUGCCCUAUGAAACCCUGUUUUCUCUGCAAAAUGCCUGGACACACUACGAUGACAUGCCCGCAUAGAGUGGCUACUGAGUAUGGGGUCAUUCCAGCACCCCUAAGAAAUACGCAUAAUCCAUUGGAAUAUGUUUUCCAGCGCCAGCUUAGACCAAGCAUACCCCCGAUAAAGCCAGCAUAUGUCAUACCAGAUCGAGUAUGUUGUGCGGUAAUUAGAUAUCACAGCAGGCGGGUGACUUGUUUGGAAUUUCACCCAACAAAAAAUAACAUCCUUCUAUCUGGGGAUAAGAAAGGACAAGUUGGAGUCUGGGAUUUUGAGAAAGUGCAUGAAAAAAUGGUAUAUGCAAACAUACACACUUGUAUUGUCAAUAACAUGAGGUUCAACCCUUCAAAUGAUGGUAUGGUGUAUGCUGCUUCCUCAGAUGGAACCAUCAGUUGCACUGACAUGGAGACUGGAAUUUCAUCAUCUUUGUUGAACCUUAACCCUGAUGGGUGGCAGGGACCAAGCAGCUGGAGAAUGCUUUAUGGCAUGGAUGUCAACUCAGAGAAACAUGUUGUACUUAUAGCUGAUAACUUUGGUUUUCUCUAUAUGAUAGAUAUGCGCUCCAACAAUAAAUGUGGGGAGGCAGUUUUGAUCCAUAAGAAAGGUAGCAAAGUCGUUGGCCUUCAUUGCAAUCCUGUUCAUCCAGAGCUUCUUUUGAGCUGUGGAAAUGAUCAUUUUGCUCGUAUAUGGGAUAUGCGUCGACUCGAAGCAGGAUCUUCUCUUAGUGAUCUGGUGCAUAAACGUGUUGUUAAUUGUGCAUAUUUCUCUCCACUGUCUGGCAGCAAAAUUCUUACAACUGCACAAGAUAACCGUCUUCGUGUGUGGGAUUCUGUAUUUGGAAAUUUGGACUCCCCAAGCCGAGAGAUUGUACAUAGUCAUGAUUUCAACAGACAUCUGACUCCUUUUCGAGCUGAAUGGGAUCCUAAGGACCCUUCAGAGUCUCUCGCAGUUAUUGGUCGUUAUAUAAGUGAAAAUUAUAAUGGUGCUGCUUUGCAUCCCAUUGAUUUCAUAGAUGUCAGCACUGGGCAAUUAGUUGCCGAAGUUAUGGAUCCAAAUAUCACAACCAUCAGUCCUGUGAACAAGCUACACCCUCGGGAUGAUAUUUUGGCAUCUGGCAGUUCAAGGUCCCUUUUCAUUUGGAAGCCCAAGGAGAAGUCUGAAGUUGUGGAACAGAAGGACGAGGGUAAGAUUGUUAUUUGUGGAAGUGCUGAGAAGAAGUUCAAACGGAGGUUUUGGGGUGGAAGUGAUGAUUCUGAUGAUGAUGGAUUUAAAUCCAAAGGCAAGAAUUUUAAGCUAAAGAAGUCUCAGUCAAAGGCAGCUCACUGUCCUCGCAAGGUUAAACGCUAGGCUAAGAAAUGUGAUCAUCCUUGGAAUACCUCUUAUCUUUCGCUGCAAUGGACGAAAUUUUUUGUCCUGAAUUUUGAUAGUUUUAAUUUGCUCACUGACUCGGUACCAGUACUCAUUCCCCAAGUUCUUUGUGCAGAUAAGCCCUAGGUUAAGAUAGAGUUCUUCUCUUACUGUAAUUGAUAAUCAGUAGGGCUAGCUUUGAGACGGAGAACUAUUUUGUUCAUUUGGGUUUUGUUGUGGGCAGCCCUGCCUUAAUAGGCUUAAAAGCUUGUUGAACAUGUUCCUAACCUAACUUAUGGCAAUAGUUAAUAGUUACAUAUUUAAA